CUGCAGGCUCCUCUGCCUGGUUCCCGCGAGCCGCUCACACGGACCUGACGCUGCCGCCGCGGCUGUAUGGUGGUGGAACACACUUCAGAGAUCUUCACAUCUUUCUACGGACCGGCUUUAUGGUUAAGCUACAAUCUUCAAUGAGUAAGCAUAUUCCACAGUUCUGUGGUGUAUUGGGUCACACAUUUAUGGAGUUUCUGAAGGGCAGUGGAGACUACUGCCAGGCUCAGCACGGCGUAUAUGCAGACGAGUGAACGGCGAGCCCUGCUACCUCACCGGACGAGAGACUUGCGAGAGCGCUUCAACGUUGGCCUGGGCGGACACGGACAGCGGGGCGUCCACAAGCAGCCAGACCAGUCUGGAUGGGGUAAAAAAAGAAAAUCUCCAGAAGUGCACUGACCUCGUUGGCCCUCUGUUUCCUUGCUCACCCUCGAGGACCAGCCUUUUUUUUUUUUUUAAUUAAUUUAUACAUUUUUUUUCAUCAGUUAAAUUUUUUUUCCCGUUUCAUUAUUUCAGUUUGCUCUUUUCCCACCCUGUCCCCCUGAUUUUCGGCUAAUUAUUUUUUCCUCAUUUGGUGGGUUCGAGAAGUUUCCUUCCAAAUUCUUUUUUUCCCCUGGUAUAUUUCCGUAUACCGUUUUUUUAUCAAAAUGGCUCGUAUGAAUAGACCCGCCCCCGUGGAGAUCAAGUAUAAAAACAUGAGGUUCCUCAUCACCCAUAAUCCAACCAAUGCCACUCUAAACAAAUUCAUUGAGGAACUAAAGAAGUAUGGGGUGACAACGGUUGUUAGAGUGUGUGAGGCGACGUACGAUGCCAACUUGGUGGCUAAAGAUGGCAUUCAGGUUCUGGAUUGGCCGUUUGAUGACGGAGCUCCUCCUUCGAACCAGAUUGUUGAGGACUGGUUAAAUCUGCUGCGGAUUAAGUUCAGGGAGGAGCCAGGCUGCUGCAUCGCUGUUCACUGUGUGGCUGGCCUUGGGAGAGCACCAGUCCUUGUUGCCCUCGCUUUGAUUGAGUGUGGAAUGAAGUAUGAAGAUGCUGUCCAGUUCAUCCGACAGAAGCGUCGUGGAGCGUUCAACAGCAAGCAGCUCGUCUACCUGGAGAAAUAUCGCCCAAAGAUGCGUCUUCGCUUCAAAGAUCCAAACGGCCAUCGCAACAACUGCUGCAUCCAGUAGAGCUUUUGUUCGAAGCCCUGCCAUUUAAAAAAAAAAUCUGUAAUGUGGAUAGUUAUUUCUCAUCAUUGGUGAACAUGUAAAAAAUCCUAAAAAGAAAAAAAAAAAAACACUCGUGCGUAUCUCCCUUUUCGUGUUAAUUUUACAGUGCAGCCUCUGUUGCCAAGGUGAGUGCUUGUGUAGGACCAUGGUCACAUUUCCCUUGUUACAACUUUUAAUUCCAGCCAUUGUUUUAAAAAAUUAUACUAAUUUGUCGAAGCUGUUACAGGAGUGCGCUCUGCCAAACAGUAUUUAUUUUGUACAACUAUACGACAGCGUAGGUAUCAUUUAAGUCUUUUAUUUUGUUUCUGAAGAUCUGAAAAUGCCUUAUUAAAACGACCGGAGGCAGGUUUAGGGGGAGAACUCGAUGGCAUGUGAAGGAGCCCACCUGUGAAAACAGCUGCAGAUAUAAAGAUAUAUAUAGCAGGGAAUUCAUGAAUUAGAAGAAAAAAAUACAUAUAUAUUAAAAAAUGAAUUAUAGUGUGUAUGUGGAAGGUAUGGGAUCUAGUUUGUGUUUCCAAACUUCGUUUACUAAUUACUGCCAUGUCGAUAGUGUGAUCAUUUUUUGUGUGUGUGUUUUGGCUUCAAACUGGACCUCUGCGAUAUUUUGUAAGCCUUUUUAUUUGAUGUGCGUAACUUAAAACACAAACAUUUUAUUGGAUAUUUGAUUUAUGUACGGUAUUUGAGAACGUGUACUUUUAGAUCGGCUAUUUAUACUAUCACUGGGUAUGUGUUUUAGUAUAGUGAGAGAAGCUGUAACUGUUCACUGACGAGAGAAAAAUAAAAUAAAGGAACACAACGAGGACACUG